CAACUGCCGGUAGAGAAGAAAAAUCAAUAGUCUGCAACGUUGCCGCGUUGAACUGGUCAGGGGUUGAGUGUCGAAGUCUUCAUGAGAAAAUGGUUUUCGUCUCGGGGGGUGAGAAAAAAGUAAAAGGGAAAUUCAAGGAAGUCUGAUCACACGUGGGUCAUGACUACGUCGCAAAUCGCAAGAUAUCAGCAUGAGUCUCUGUCCACGGAGACGCUUCCGCAUCACUCCUUUGCGAGCUCUGGCAGCAUUUUUUCUGAUGGUUGUACUCUUUUGGUACAGUCUUAGUCGGCAAGAAAUUCCUCAGCAGCCGUGUAGCGUGCCCGAAGAAUUUACCGAGAAAUUACAUGACCUUGCUUACAGGGCCCAUUUGGUUCUCAGUAAGUUGGGCAUCGUCCACUUUCUCUGCUUGGGCGGUCUUUGGGGUCAAGUUCGUAUAGGCCGCGCGCUGCCUUGGGCUCGCAAAGUGGAACUAUGCUUGGUGGACACUCUCCGCGACGACGUCUUAAUAACGAAAGCCUUCCGAGAGGUCGGUCUGAGUGCAACGUACCUUCACGCGGCGGGAAUCUACAGGAUACAAGAACACGAAGUCGGCGAAGAUGCACCGAAAGUGGAGGUGGUCGUCUUCGAGGAAGAUGCAGUGACGCAGAUGGUGAGGAGGGUCGGCUGGACCAGAAGAGUUUUACCUCCGGAUUGCGAGUUUUCGCCGAGUCUACAGUGCUUCCCACCGCAACUGGUAAUACCUCCCUUGCCGGCGAAACAAUUUGGCGGCCGACUGAUGCCCGUGCCUCGAGAAGGCAUAGAAUUACAAAAGUAUCACUAUCCCAACGACUGGUGGCUGGAGAUCAAGCCCACUGACUGCACCGAGUUCCAAGAGACGAAUGUAUAGUGUACAAUGAAUACUGUCUAAUUCGUUUAAAUGUAAUUAUGGUACAAUCAUUCUAAAUAGGAUUUGUUUGAUUCAAUUGAUUUGGACAGUGUCGGACAACUGAAUUAAGCGUGGACUGUCGAAGAAAGGCGCUGGCUGAUUUUAUUAUGGCCUAGGUAUCUUUUAGAAGUAGACGCAACAAAUAGAGAAGGUGCAUGUGAUAAAAAGUGGUAGACUUAAGUAUUCUAUAAUUGUUUAUUAGAGCGAUAUUAAGUUCUUUGUCGAAAGAGUAUGGUUCAACGGAUUCAAUACGACGCGAUUAUUGCUUAUAGGAAGUAUUCAAGUGCUGUCGUGAAAUGAAAAUUACUGUAGUAUUUUUCGUAGUACUCGAAACACCAUCAAUUGCUAAUAUCAUCGCGGCGAUUGCAUUACCAUAUGCGAAACGUUAUAUGAAUUACACUUAAUGUGUUUUAUUCCGUUAUUAAAUUAUUUUUCUCCAGCCGUUUCUCAUUCCAAAGACUUCUCUAUCAUCGCCAUACAAUUUUCCAUUUUUAUAUACCUCAUGCAUUUUUUAUUUUUCGUAAACAUAUUUUUUAUCUAUAAUUAAAUAAG